AUGACCUCCGCCAAGGAAGGGAAAGCGGCUCCCCCGUUGCGCCCAUCAGGCGUCGAGGACGGGCUCCGAAGGCCCCUGGACCUGCUGCCGCCCCCGGCCAACUCCAACAAGCCUCUCACGCCCUUCAGCAUCGAGGACAUCCUGAGCAAGCCCUCCGGGCCCAAAGCUCCCGCGGCCCGCCUGCUGGACAAGCUGACUGGCUCCUCGGCCGGGCCCCGCAGCGGAACGCCCGCCCCGGCCUCGCCGCUCUGCGCCCUGGAGGAGUUGGCCACCAAGACCUUCAAGGGCCUGGAAGUGAACGUGCUCCAGGCCGCCGAAGGCCGGGACCCGUUGGGCGCCUUCGGGCCCCGGCAGCCCUCCAAGAAGCGCCGGAAGUCCCGCACGGCCUUCACCAACCACCAGAUCUACGAGCUGGAGAAGCGCUUCCUCUACCAGAAGUACCUGUCGCCGGCUGACCGAGACCACAUCGCGGCGCAGCUGGGCCUGAGCAACGCGCAGGUCAUCACCUGGUUCCAGAACCGGCGGGCCAAGCUGAAGCGGGACCUGGAGGAGAUGAAAGCCGACGUGGAGUCGCUCAAGAAGCUGCCCCCCGCGGCUCUGGAGAAGCUAGCCAGCAUGCCCGAGCUGGAGCCCGAGCCCCAGGCCCAGCCCGCCCGCCCGCGCUCCGGCAGUCUGCCCCGCGCCUCGCCCCCCUCCUCCCCCGGCGCCUCCCUCAGCGCCAAGGACGAUUUCUCCGACGGGGAGGACGACGACCACGAGGAGGAGGAGGAAGAGAUCGACGUGGGAGACUGAGGGCCAGGCCUGGGACGCGAGCCAAGGGACAGGGCCUGGGCCCGGACUCCCCACUUCCGAGGGACCUGC